AGAAAAUAGCAUGUUUUCCAAUAUUUUCGAGCAAGCCGAAAUAAACCUAAAAUACGAAAGUAAGAGGUGCAAUUUAGCAAAAUUUAAUCAAUAUUAUUUAUUGCACAUGUAUUGUUGUUGUUGAUACAUCAGUCGAAACUUGAUAAUUUGUUAGUGUGCAUUUUUGUAAAAAGCGAACUGUAAUUACAAUGUCGGAGUCUCAACAGAAGCCUAACCCACCUAUCAAGCGCUACAGACGCGAGGAGAAGUCUUCCGAAUCCGAAGAAGACGUGGAUAAUUAUGAACCCUACAUUCCCAUAAAAGAGAGGAAGAAGCAGCGUUUGAUGAAGCUAGGAAGGCUUGGGCAACUCGCUGCUGAAGCCUCGGCCGAGACGAAGAGCUCCAGUGAAAAUGAUCCCGAUGACGAGACAUCUCAAGAAGAAUGGGGUCGCCUCAACAAUGUGUCACUGCUGGAGCAGCACAGCUCCCUGAAGCGGCUGGCGGAGGCCCGGGCUCUCUCCGCGGCCGAGAGGCAGGCUCGUGAAGAACAGCAUAUAUUGGAGAGUGUUGCACAGAGCAAAGCUCUUAUGGGAGUCGCUGAGUUGGCUAAAGGUAUCCAGUACGAAGACCCAAUAAAAACGUCCUGGCGCCCGCCCCGCUGCAUCCUUGCGCUGCCAGAGUCCCGUCACGAGAGAGUGAGACAGCAACUCAGAGUGUUAGUUGAGGGGGAAAACGUACCCCCUCCUAUACAGACCUUCCAGCAUAUGAAGUUUCCUAAAGGCAUAAUCAGGGGCCUAGAAGCGAAAGGCAUUAAAAAUCCGACUCCUAUACAAGUGCAAGGCAUACCGUCAGUGCUGAGCGGACGGGACAUGAUCGGCAUCGCGUUCACUGGCUCCGGGAAGACGCUGGUGUUUACACUACCGCUGAUCAUGUUCUGUCUUGAGCAGGAGCUUAACAUGCCUUUUAUAAGAAAUGAGGGUCCUUACGGCCUGAUCAUAUGUCCGUCGCGCGAGCUCGCGAAACAGACGCACGACAUCAUACAACACUUCAUUAAACACAUCAAGAUGACUGGCAGUCCUGAAAUCAGAAGCUGUCUCGCUAUUGGCGGGGUGGCUGUGUCCGAGUGUAUGGAGGUGGUUCAAAGAGGUGUUCACAUCAUGGUCGCCACGCCCGGCCGGCUCAUGGACAUGCUGGAUAAGAAGAUGGUACGCCUCAACGUGUGCCGUUAUCUGUGCAUGGACGAAGCUGACCGCAUGAUAGACAUGGGUUUUGAGGAGGACGUGCGUACUAUAUUCUCGUAUUUCGCUGGACAGAGACAGACGCUGUUGUUCAGUGCCACUAUGCCGAGGAAGAUUCAGAAUUUUGCACGGUCAGCGUUAGUGAAACCGGUGACGGUGAACGUCGGCCGCGCAGGCGCAGCGUCGCUCAACGUCCGGCAAGAACUCGAGCCCGUAAAAGCCGAGGCCAGGACAGUACAUCUACUGCAGUGCCUUCAGAAAACACCUCCACCUGUCUUGGUCUUUGCCGAGAGGAAGCAGGAUGUUGACGCGAUUCACGAGUACCUACUGCUUAAAGGCGUGGAAGCCGUGGCCAUUCACGGUGGGAAGGAUCAGGAGGAGAGGUCGAGAGCCGUGGAGGCGUUCCGAAGGGGGGAGAAGGACGUGCUGGUCGCUACCGACGUCGCUAGCAAAGGACUCGACUUCGCGAAUAUCCAACACGUGAUAAACUAUGAUAUGCCAGAAGACAUAGAGAACUACGUGCACAGGAUAGGGCGCACGGGACGCGCGGGGGGCGAGGGCGUAGCCACAACACUGUUAGGGAGGGCAGCCGACGAUUCUGUGUUGAGAGACUUGGCGCAUUUGCUCAGAGAAGCGGGACAAAAGGUGCCAUCCUUCCUGUUGGACAUGAUCGGGGAGCCAGAUAUCCCGGUGGCCGACGGACAAGGGUGCUCGUAUUGUGGAGGCCUGGGACAUCGGAUCACUGAAUGUCCUAAACUGGAGGCGGUGCAAAACAAGCAGGCGUCUAACAUCGGGAGACGAGACUACUUGGCUAACACUGCUGCGGAUUAUUAAAGCACGCAACUUCGCCCGCGUGAAUUUCCCACGGGACCAUUUAUUUAUUUUAAUCACAAAACAGAACUAACAAUACAUACAAAAUUAUAUUAGUUUAAACUAAACUAUUUAACUCAAAAAUAUUUUUUUAAUACUUAUGUAUACUAUUAUUAUUAUGAUUCGGGUAAUCUCCGAAACUACCGAACCGAUUUCAAAAAUUCUUUCACAAUUAGAAAGGUACAUUGUUCAAGAUUGCUAUAGGCUAUAUUUUAUCACAAAAUUCCCACGGGAGCGAAGCCGCGGGCAACAUCUAGUAUGUUAUAGUUAGGGUUAGUUAUAGUUAAUGACUAAGUGAUAAGUAAUGUAAAUAUGUGACGAAUGUAAAAUUAUUUUAAGUGAAAUGUUUUUACAUGGCUUUUAAUUUUAUUUAGGGCUAUUCGAAAUAAAAUAAUUUAUAAGCUGAUAAUAAA